UGAUACUUACUGCGUGCUGAGCGUGACAUUGCAAAGCCCGGGAAUGGAUUGAGUGUGCGUAGUAUACAGUCGAUGUAGGCUAGCUACUGUACUGUACUGGGCCUGACGAUAGCACGCCGCACGGGACACGCCCGGGGCAUGCAUGGGACGGUCGCAGUCGGACGACCCACAGCUAGUCGCGUUCACGCGCACUCGCUCGCCCGACGGUUGCACCGCCAUCUGCCGCUGUCCAGCGCAGAUCGCGAGGGGCGGCGUGCGAUAUUUGCAGGGCCGCCGUGCUCCUCCUCACCGCCCGGCGAUUGGCUGUGACGACGCAUCGCUACAAGCUCGCACGAUCGCAGUGAACGACCAUGCGCCAAGAGCGCCCCGCGGAUGCCAACCGGCACCUCCUCGACUACGGAGCCGCGGCAUGCGCGACGGCGUCGCACGGCACUCGAAGGGACGAGUGAGGUGCUGGCGUCGACUGGACUUGGGCACGGCGGAGGUGGCUUGUUGGGUGCACGGGCGCAGCGACGCCGGUCGGCUGUCCAUGGGGGACGGGAACGACACGGUGGCCAGCGACCGGCGGGCGGGCCUCGCCGCCCACGCGCAAGUUCAAGUGGUCGGUACGGCGACCACGUGUCGUGAGCAGGAGCACUACUCACGACGACCUUGGAGGGAUGGCUGGUGCCUGAACCUUAGACAGCAGGCGGCGAGCGGACAUAGCACAGACAUUGAGGCGACAGAGGCCGGAGACGAGCGCGAGAAAAGCGCACGGACGAUUGCGUGGUCACUGGAUGCACAUAAGAGGAUGGGCGGACAAGCGGCUGCGGUGGCCGGCAGAGCGAGGGGAGCGUGAAGAGGAGACGAUGGCGGAUUGCCGCUUCGUCCGGAGCGCCGGGGUGAUCGAGACACGCGUCGGUGGCGGGGCGUCGCGCGGAGGACACCCACGAGCAUUCCUCCGUGACAGAGCCAGUGACUGGAAGUGACACGGACUCUGCUUGGGAGAAAGAACCCGCCCAGGCCUACGCCAGGCCGACAUCUCCCCAGCAUGGCUGCAGGCCCACAAAGGCCCCG